UGGACUACUGAGCCCGCAGUUGUCAACGCUUUCUACAAUCCAAACAAGAAUGACAUUGUAUUUCCGGCCGGAAUAUUACAGCCACUCUUUUAUUCGCAACAUUUUCCAAAUUUCGACGAUAAGGGCCGACAGUUUGAUAAGGAGGGGAAUUUGAAGCAGUGGUGGAAUAACGCGACAAUUAAGAGGUUUAGACAAAGAGCUCAAUGUAUUAUUGAUCAGUAUUCCAGUUAUGUUCUCGAAGAUAUCAGAAUGAAUGUGAACGGCAAAAUGACCCAGGGUGAGAAUAUUGCGGACAACGGAGGUCUUAAACAGGCUUAUAGAGCAUUUAAAAAGUGGGAACAGAGAAAUGGAGUCGAACCCAGACUUCCCGGAAUUGAUUUAACUCACGAUCAGCUCUUCUUCUUGAAUUACGCACAGGUUUUACAUUGUUUUAUACAAUAAUAAACUUUUUAAU